UAUGGGUUAGUGUCUAACUUGUUUUUUUUUUUAUUGUUUUCUAGAAAAAGGUUAUCGGCGGUUAAUUGACAGCGAGGCAACACGGUGAGUACUUGUGUUGACCUUCAAACAAUUAUAGCUGAAACCAAUUUGGAGGCCACCCAAAGACGUCGCGCGUCGUUCAAUUUAAACUCGGCCUGUCGACGACAUUGCUAGCGCAUUUAGCUGGGACGGGCUGGCACCUUCCACAUUGUACCACAGGACGUCACCAUACUACCUGACAAGGAACACGGCCCAGGGGUAGCAGGUGGACAAAUGUCUCCCGAGGGAGAAGAGCCUUCUGUCAGCCUCUUUCGAGAGUAUCUCCGCCUCAGGACGGUCCACCCAGAGCCAGACUACGAUGCUGCUCUGAGGUUUCUGGACAGAAUCGCAGGGGAACUUGGACUGCCCAUGAAGAAGAUAGAGGUUUGUCCAGGCAGAGUUGUGUCCAUCUUGACGUGGCAAGGGACGAACCCCAACUUAAAAUCUCUGUUAUUGAAUUCCCACACUGAUGUUGUUCCAGUUUUCCAGGAGCACUGGAAAUAUGACGCUUUCAGUGCGUUCAAAGAUGCAGAGGGCCACAUUUAUGGCCGCGGCUCGCAGGACAUGAAAUGUGUGACAAUACAGUACAUUCAGGCUGUUAGACGGCUAAAAGCCGAGGGCCAGACAUUGUUGCGGACUGUGCACUUAAUGUUUGUUCCUGAUGAAGAGGUUGGAGGGGAGAAAGGCAUGGAAACAUUUGUGAGGCAUCCAGAGUUCCAGAAAUUAAACAUUGGCUUUGCCCUGGAUGAAGGUCUGGCCAACCCCGGUAAUGCAUUCACUGUCUUUUAUGGGGAAAGGAAUCCCUGGUGGAUUACCAUCCACUGUCCGGGCAGUCCCGGUCAUGGCUCGAGGUUUGUGGAGAACACGGCGGCUGAGAAGUUGCGCCACAUCAUCAACUCUUUCCUGGGUUUCAGAGAGAAGGAGAAACACAGGCUAAACACCAGCCAGUGUUUCACGCUCGGUGAUGUCACCACAGUGAAUAUGACUAUGGUGAAAGGGGGUGUGGCCUACAAUGUCAUUCCAGCUGAAAUGGACGUUAGCUUUGACCUGAGGAUCCCGCCAACAGUAAAUCUACAGGAAUUUGAGAAGGUGAUUAAGGGGUGGUGUAAGGAAGCAGGCGAUGAUGUCACGUAUGACUUUGCUCAGAAACACAUGAACCAGAACAUUACGUCCACGCAAGAGAGCGAUCCCUGGUGGAGUGCCUUCACUCAAGCCUGCAGAGAAAUGGAUAUGACUCUGGAAAAGGAAAUAUUUCCUGCUGCUACAGAUAGCCGUUUCAUCCGAGCUGUGGGGAUUCCUGCCAUUGGUUUCUCCCCGAUGAACCAGACGCCCAUCCUGCUGCACGACCACAAUGAAUAUCUGAACGAGCGCAUCUUCCUGAAAGGCAUCGACGUGUACACGAAGCUCAUCCCAGCUCUCGCCAACGUACCCGCCUCUCCAGAUGAGGCCUAAGUACUCACUUUUCAUGAUUACCAAAGAAUAAUAAUCAUGUCUCCAUGACAAGACCACAAAUUAUGCCUUUGGCCACACUGAUUGUUUUAAUAAUUCUCAGGUUGUAAGUUAAUUUUUGGGGGGUUUUGUUUUGUUUUGUUUUUAAGACACCCUCACUCUUAGUGUGCAUGUAUAUAGUCUUAAAAGACACAUCUGCCAUGGCGAUUUGGCUGUCUGAUUGUAGCUAAACUCAUUUUACACUGAUAACUACUGGCAAUUCACAAACAAUUUUUGAAUUAACUUUUCACCGCUAUCAUUUUAUUGACUAAAUUGCAUUUUAAUAAAUAUAUUUGAUCACAA